AGAGUCAUGAGCGAAACUGUGAGUUUAAUAUUGCAUAUUUGCUACGGUAACCUUGUGACUAUUUAUUCCCCUGACGCGAACAAAUACCAUUCUUUUUUGGGGGGACUUCCUUUCAUUCUAUUAUCGCGAUUUCGUCUAAAUUGACACUACCUUGAUCCGACAUAACUCAAUAUAAGAUCGAUGAAAAUGAUCUCCAUCUUUCAUCAACAUUAUGUGGAACUUUGCAGUAAACGAGACGCGCGCCAGCAGGAGCUCCAAAAAUUACAGCACAACGUUCAACGGUUAGAGCGGCUCCAUUUUCACAUCAAAAAUAAAUCAACAGUACAACGACUGGAGCUUUCAGUAAUAGAACAUCAGAUCCGCGACUUGCAAUAUAACGACAUCUGGGUUUCAGCGGAUGACUACGAUAAGAUUCAUGAGAAUAAAGCAUUCAUGGAGAAAAAUCUUGAAGCGAUAAUGGACGAAUUUGUACGGAUUCAGAAACAAAUCGAAGAACAAUGUGAAGCGGCUCAAAAGGAAGCAUCCCAUAUCAUUGGCAUAGAAAGGGCGCUUGUAUGUCUCGAAAUCGAAAUGCAGCGACUCACAGAAAGGAAGCAUCAACAGCGGUCGCACACAUUCACUCGUAGCUCUUCCUCAAUUCGACGCCUUUUUAUUGACCAACUUUCUUCAUGCUGAUCUGCCUCCAUCAUAAUAUCUCCGACAACCAUAGGCUCAUAAUUAAU